AUGUCGACUAGGUACUCCGCCAGCCCGUACUACAACAACGGCGACGCUGCAUCCGCCUCGUCGCUUCUUAGCACCAAUCAGGUGGUGUUCUGCGUGAACCCCGUCCUCUUCCAAAACUGCGGACUCCUGCUGGAGACGCCCAGCGGACUUACCACGUCAGCCAUCAUGAAACUGCGGCAGGAGUCGCCGAACAGAACCGCAAUCUCGCUUUCCAUGUGGAUAGACAUCGCCGUCAGUGUGAUUGGAAUGCGGGAGUCCGUCGCCUACUCCAUCUUUGACGUGGUCUACGCACUCACAGGGAGCUGUAUACAGGCUUCACUGUCAUCGCAGACGAACGGCAACUCCACGAGCCUUAAAUCCACCGCGGAGUAUCGUCAGGAGGGCAAUCGGGCGCUUCUUAAGAAGAUGGGGGGAACUAUAGAUGAGGCGCGCUGGCCUGCAGCCUCCGCCUCGCGGCAGCUAAGUCUACCGGCGCUUACCAUUUUUCUUCUUGCGCAGCUCAUCCUCGAGCACCCGCCAAGGCCGAUGCUGGGGGAAAUUAGUCAGGAGCUCGUCAUGAGCAGCGUGCGGCAGCACCUGCAUGACUAUAUUACAGCUGUGGCGAUCACCCGACCGGGGCGUCUUACGAUGGCAGACGCGCAGGAGCUGCGUAUUCUUCUGCGUGAAUUUGUCAAUGGGGUCGAGCAGCCGUUCGGCACAAGCAUCGGCUUCCUGUGGCCACGGUCAGAGAAGACCAUCGAUAUUACAAUUUUGUCGCAGUUCAUACGUCCUAGAAUCAUGCUUCCAAGUGAACUGGCCGCCAGCACGACAUCAUCGCCAUUUAGCAACAAUGUUAUUGUGAAGGGUUUGCGUGGUACUAUAUACAUCCCGCCGUACCCUGUGAUGCCGAGCAGCAGCGCGAGACUGGUGGCCUCUUCAAACUACGCUAUUGAAAGAAGUUCCCAAUCGAGUUUUUACAUCACAUCAGACCUACCGAACACGCGCCUCUCCCAGCUUGCCAACUGCACUGUAGCGCUGGGGCCUGUUGGUGGCGUCUUGUGCGUCGACCGUUGCGAGAACACCAGUAUCUCAGCUCUGUGUGGUGCCAUUGUUGUGAGUCGGUGUCGGAAUGUGACCAUUUUUGUUUGCACCAACACGCCACCAGUGCUUUGCUUACAUGAGGGUGCCGACACGCUAGAGAACGUCCGUUUCGCCCCGUACAACUCGCAUUACUCCACAUUGGAGGAGCACCUUGCGAGCUCCGGCGUGAAUCCUAAGCUGAAUCUGUGGAACGUGGGACUUCCCUCACCGCAGUACAUUCUUCCCCCGGAUGAAUUUACGCCGCUCUGCUUCCCUGUCGCGCCACACACAAACGCUGUUGUCACGACACGCACAAAUCCAUGUCCCCUGGCCCGCCCCUAUGCGGAUGCGUUGGAGCGGCGCGUUCAGCGGUUUCAGGAAACAUCGAAGCAGCUAGAGGCGGCUUACCAGCGGCUCACGGAUGAGGGCAAAAAGGAUUUGGCGAACGAGCUGCGCGGAAAGGUGCACACAAUGUUCAUUGAGUGGCUCCGCCGCGCCGGACAGGAGAAGGGGCUUGUCAGUCUGCUGCACCAAAGCACCGACAGCCACUUGCAGACUUAG